AUGUCCACUCUCUCUCUAGGCUCUCAGCACCCACGUCGCACCCCAAUGCCUGUUAAAUACCCCCGCUUUUACUCCUCGCCGCUGGACGACGGCUUGGAGACACCACUGCAAAUCUACGGCUACGAACAGCGCGAGCCAUCUAUCUAUGAGAAACCCAAACUGUUCCGCCGCGUCUCGCACGCUCUCGACGAUAUCAAGGAAGACUUUUCUCUGAACCUGGAACCUGCCCGCUCGACUGCCAACAAGAUCAAGCGUCGUUCUACACUUCUGCUAGACGCCAACCUGGGUACAACCCCGCGCCCGGAAACUGCUGAUGGGAUGCCCAUGCGCUCUCGACCAAUGUCUAUCUUGUCCGUUUCCACCCCGCAGCCCGGACUGAGCCGGAGACUCAGUCGACGACUGUCGAUUUUCUCUACGCGGAGCAAGCUUGCGACCGUGUCGAAUACGGCCAGUAUCUCGUCGCCGAACUUGAUCGGUUCGUCGACGCAGUACGCCAACGGCAGCCAGACGACUUUCAUCUAA